UUGGAAGAAGUGCUUCGUUCAGUCAGGGCGAGAAUGCACCACCACUAAGUCCAAAUUGAGCCAAUCGUAUAGAACCGUACCCUGUGUCCCCAUCAGACGACCCUUCUGCAGUGAAAGCACAAGAAAACUUCCCCUCCUCCCCCCGGGUGGAGCGUCCCCUCCCUCCCUCCCUUCCACCCUCACGCGUGUAUCGUCCCCCCAUCGAGCACAUCACUCAGCAGCCCGUACCGACCCAACACACGCCUCGCAUGUCGCAUCGUCUCGGGGUACUUGUCCAGCCCCGACGCACCGCCCCCCACCGCCGUCUCCGUCGUGUAAAGCCACAAAAACCCGUUGCUGAGUCGCAGGUAGGCCGCAAACGAGUCACCCUCCUUGUACCCACUCAUUAGGAUGAUGCACUGCUCCCGGGGGUUGGCCGCGUUGAGGUCCCGCCGGUCCUCGCGCCAGCUGAUGACGAAACAGUCAUCGUCAUUUGCCGUCUGUGUGAGCAGCGACCGGUAUUUGGGGUUGUCUUCACCGACUCGCGCGUCGAGCAGCCGCUCCUGCCGCACCAGGCUGUACCAGAGGCUGAAGACGCACUGGGUGAGCAGGUUGGUGAAGGUCGGGUGCAGACAGGAGCCGUCGCGCACAACGGGAUCGGUCGCACGGUAGGCCUGAUGGUAGGGGUGGUUGGCCGGCAGAUCCUGCUCUGAGACGACGACAAACUGGAGGUCAUGAGCCACCCACACAGGGGCCUGCUGCUGAGGCACACACACACACAGCGGCACCCCAUGAGCAACGAUGGCCGCAUCUCUGUGUGCAAUCCUUCACCGGUCCAGCAGCAGCGGCAGCAGCUCCCUGGCCCGCACCUGCAGCCUGCUGCGCCAGCUGCAUGUUCCUAUCCUCGAAGCUCAUGAGGUGCCCGAUGGUCUUAUAGACGGCCAUCGACAGCGGCACCUCGUGAAACGACGCCUUGGUGGGCAGGUUGUCCCGCAGCCAUUGAGCCGGCAGCAUCAGCGGCAGCCCGCCCUGCUCAAUCACGUGGUAGAUGGCGGCAAGCCGGAUGAAGAUGGCAAUCUUGGGCCACUCCCCAGUCGACGCGCCUUGCUCGAGCACAUAGGCCGCCCGCAGCACGUAGCCGAACGAUACGGGGGCCGUGCGGUCGAUGUCGAUGAGGCCGAUGACCCCGUGGCGGGCCAUGAGGCUGUCGAGCCGUGUGAGGAGCACAUCCGCUGUGAUGACGCUGGCCCCGUCUGAGCGAGAGGUCGAUCGCACGUUGACGAGGUCACAGACCGAGAGCAGGAAGCUGAGCAGCACCCUGUCGCGCCAGAGCUCCAAGGGCAGUGAAUACGGCAUCUUUGCGGCAGGCAAUCAAUGACCUGAGAAAGUGGAGAAAACAGCAAGAAUGUAUUCAUGAAUCGAAUCCAUGUGGCAAUGACAUACUGACUGCCAUCCUCACCUUCGUUUAAGGGAGUUCGGUGUUGAGGAAGCGAUGUGUCGGCCCGCAUAUGGAUAACCUCGGCUAUAGCCUGAUUGGUUUCUCAACAUUCG